AAAUGCCUACACCGAAGGCAGAGCUGCUCUCCAGCCAAUGGAAAGCGGUGUGGCGGACAGCGCUGUGAAGGGCGAGGGAUCCAGCGGGCGGCACAGAGCGCGUUGGGCUCGGUCCUUAUUGAGCCUCGUCUCAGCAGGAGGAGGAUUUUCCCACCGCGAAGCUCCAGCUGGUGUAACCGCCUGAAGCAUAAUGACCGACAGGAAAGCCGUGAUCAAGAAUGCUGACAUGUCCGAGGACAUGCAGCAGGAUGCGGUGGACUGUGCGACGCAGGCCAUGGAGAAGUACAACAUAGAGAAGGACAUUGCAGCGUACAUCAAGAAGGAGUUUGAUAAGAAGUACAACCCAACAUGGCACUGCAUUGUGGGAAGGAACUUCGGCAGCUACGUCACUCACGAGACAAAGCACUUCAUCUACUUCUACCUGGGCCAGGUGGCCAUACUUUUGUUCAAAUCUGGCUGAAUCUCCACAAGAGUAGUUUUUUUUUUUUUUCUUUUCUUUUCUUUUUUGUUUAUUUCUCUCCCAACAUGGACCGAGAUGCACUAGUGGCUGAUGUCGUAUCUACCUACACGCUACCGAUGUUAAACCAGACCAUACCAUGCCGAUGCUGACUGUGCAUAACUGCAUGGACCGUAUUCCAUACUAAUUGUGUAUAUCUUGCAGUUCAGUUGCUCUUUCAUCAUGUGCCCCGUGUUUAUUAGGAGAGGCGUUUGUUUAUGGUCCUGGCAGGUUUGUUCGAGCACAGGAGCUGUAGAGGCAAGUGUGAUCUUUUUGAUGGAAUAAAGCGGAGAUAAAUAUAUGAUGUAUGAAAAAUGCAUUAGCACUUCUAUUUUUCUUCUGAGAGAUGUAUUUUCUUUAAGUAACCAUUCUGUAUAGCCUGUAUGGUUCUAAUGAACGUCAUGAGUCAUGUCUGUACCGUGGUGGAGGUGGAGAACAAUGGAAACGAGUCUUGUAUACGCUAGAAUAGAAGGCGCUAGGUCUUUAUCUAACCUCAGAAGAACGUCCUGAUCUUUGUUCCGUGUCAUCUGUCAGGAGAGGGAAGUUGUCUGGGAAAGGGGCGACUUAAGCACAAACGAAGGUUUAUUCUGUGAAGCUUUUUUUUUUUUUUCCGGUUUGAGAUGUCUUACAGAAUGUCUCCUGCGACAUGAGCUGAGGAAUGUGUAUUAUUAGAAUAAUGUAAGAUAUUGAAAUGAUUAAACUCUGUUGUUGUUAUUGUUGAGUAUAAUGCAGUUUUUAGUCUUAUUAGUGAUCUCUACCUGAAUGUAAAGGGACUUUAAGAUGAAUGCACAACAUUUUCCCGCUCCUGAGCGUCUUCCUGACGAGGCAUAUCCAUUAAGAAAUGGUCCGAUUCAUUAUUUGCAUGUUUUUCUUUCCCUACUUGUGCUCAUGACCCAUCUGUAAUUGGCUAGUCGGCCCUGUGGCGCUUCCUUUGCUCACAGGCUUGUGAGACGAUGCUCCAUUUCACUGUACCCUCUCAGGUACUGCCCAUGACAAAAAGGCCAUGUUUUCAGCCAUUAAAAUGUGUAUUUAAUGCAAAA